AUGAAUCUACAAAUAAUCAAGAAUUUAAUUUAUGAGUAAAAUCAAUAAUUAAAGUGUGCAAUGAAGGUUGAUGAUAUCAACAAAACUAUGAUAAAGGAUAGUGAGAUGAGUGAUGAAGAGGAGAAAGAGGUAGAGCCUAAAUAAUCUAAAUUGAAAUAUGUAAUAAUGAUUCUUGGGUGUUUGUUAAUGUUUGGAAAUAAUUAUUCAUUUGAUAAUCCAUAAGCACUUCAAAAAUAAUUAACAUAAGAUUUAGGUAUAUCCAUUUCAAAUUAUAACUUGUUGUAUUCUGCAUUCUCAUUUCCAAAUAUAUUUUUAACUCUCAUUGGGGGAUUUAUUAUAGAUUUUUUGGGUGUAAGAUUUGGGAUCGUUCUGUUUAGUGCGAUAGUAGCAGUGGCUUAAAUGAUAGUAGCAUUGGGAGGAGCAUUUAAAAUCUUCUGGAUCAUGUUAGUAGGAAGAAUAAUAUUUGGAUGCGCAUCUGAAAAUUUAGUAAUUGCUUAAGCAGCUAUCAUCUGUAAAUGGUUUAGAGGAAAAGAACUAUCGACUGCUAUUGGUUAUAUCAUGACGGUACCUGAAUUAGCUAGUGCUGCUAACUCUUUACUUACUCCUAUACUCUAUGAAUAAUAUGAGGGUUUAGCCUAUCCGCUGUUUUUUAGUGUGAUUUUGUGUGUCUUUUCGUUUAUAUGCGCAGUAGUCUUGUGUAUUUUAGAUAAAACGAAUGAAAUGAAUAAAUUGAGUAUUUAUUUAUAAUAAGAAGAGGGAUAAUUUAUAAUUGAAGAAUAAGAAGAAGAAGCAGGUGAAGGUGAAGAACAGAAGGAUGAUAUAGAAAGAGUGUCAUUUAAAGAUAUUAAAAAUUUGAAUGGAACAUUUUGGAUUCUAGUCUUGAUUUGCACUUUAACUUUAGGAUCUUAUACUCCAUUUUUGGAUGAUGCCAAUGAUUUUUUAUAGGAAAAAUUUGAAUUCACGAAUGUUUAAGCAGGAAAAGUGUUGACUAUCCCAUAUUUAAUGGCAGCAAUUACCAGUCCCUUUUUUGGGCCAUACAUAGACAAAGUUGGAAAAAGAAGAAAAUUCAUUUUAAUAACCUGUGUUCUAUUCACCUUAACUCAUUUUGCAUUUGGAAUAAUGCCAAAUGGUUAACAUGGAUAACCUAAUUGGUUUUCAGUUAUACCUUUGAUGUUUUUGGGAACCAGUUAUGCUCUCUAUUCUUGUGUGUUAAUUCCAUCUAUUUAAUACAUAGUUGCAGAGAAAGUGGUUGGGACAGCAUUUGGUUUAUUAGGAAUGUUUGAGAGUGUUGCCUUGGCCUUCUUUCCAAUUUUAGCAGGCUUUAUUGUUGAGAAAUCGGAUGAUCCAUAAUAAGGAUAUUCAAAUGUAGGAUUCUUCUUUUCAGGAAUUUCCAUUUUUGGAAUCAUAUUUACGCUUUCCUUAUAUAUAUUUGAUAAGAAGAGUUCAAUGGUUCUAGAUUUUGUGAAUCCUGAGGAUCCUUCAGAUUUGGAGCAGAAAAUGCUUAGAACAACUAAAUCUGAUUCAAGCAGUGAUGAAGAGGAUGAUGAGUCGAGCGAUGAAGAUUCUGAGGAUGAUUAAUUUAAGAAGAAAAAAGUGUGUAAGAGUUACUCCAGUUUAAAGAGCAAGAAGCUAUUAACAUCUCCUUAAUUGAGAACUAGAAGUUUAUACAAUUGA